AAUAGAUGAGGUCAAAGUUUAGUGCCGAUGAUCAUGGUCACUACCAGUUCACCCCACAAAACUUGACACAAUGGGUGCUCAGUCUUUUGAGAUAUGACAUGGCUGAAGGAGGAGAUUCUUCCAAUUCAACUCCCGAUGGCCUUCUUGAAAUAUGGGCUUAUGAAGCUUGUCGGCUAUUCAGGGAUCGUCUAGCAGAUGAAGAUGCUUGCUGCCGGUUUGAUGAUAUUCUAAACAACAUUGUUCGAGGAGAUUGGGGUUUGCAAGCUCUUGAUAAGCUAGAAGGAAUUUACUACGUAACAGUGGGUUGUUCAGGAUUUUCUAGUCAACAAGGACCUCUCCCAGCAUUUGGAAAACCUCUUGGAAAACUUAAUUACUCAGACUGGGAAACCUCUGUAGAGAAAGCCAUAAGGACUUUCAGUCAUGAAGUUCAGGACGUAAAUGUCGUAGUGUUUCGAGAAGUGCUUGACCAAAUUGCCAAGGUUGACCGAGUACUUACAUCUCCUGGAGGGUCACUUCUAUUGGCAGGUGUCAGUGGUGUGGGCCGAAGACUUGCCGCUUCAGUUGUUGCCCACAUGCAUCAAGCAACUUUGUUUUCUCCCAAAAUUAGUCGUAAUUAUGGUGUUAAACAGUUCAAGAAUGACUUAAAGUCACUGUUUCAGGUGGCUGGUAUUGAUGGUCACCAAGUCGUGAUGAUUUUGGAAGAUCACCAUUUGAUAGACUCCCAGUUUCUAGAGCUGGUGAAUAGUAUAUUAGCUGCUGGAGAAAUCCCUGGACUCUAUGCUCCUGAAGAAAUGGAACCUCUCCUGGGUCCUCUGAGAGACAAAUCUUCACAAGAAGGAUUCCGUGGAUCCAUAUACAGUUAUUUCGCAAAGCGGGUACAGCAAAACAUUCAUAUUGUCCUUGUGAUGAACUUUUCCGAUCCAACUUUUACUGUUAACUGUGAAAGUAAUCCAUCAUUCUACAAGUGUUGCAGUGUUCAGUGGUGGAGAGGGUGGAGUAGAGACAGUAUGAGACAGAUACCAUCAAUGUUCUUGAAGAAAGUUGUUCAAGAUGAAGGAAGUUCUAUUGGUCGAAAUAAAAGUGCUGAUCAGCCAAUAGCAGGAGGAGAUGCUUUGUUAAAUGGAUUUCUUCGAAUCCAUGAGAACUGUAAGAGUAACCUUUCCGUUCCACGUCGCUAUGUUUCUUUUAUUCACAAUUACCAAGCCGUCUAUUCUAGGAAGAAAACUGGAAUUGAAAAAAGAAAGCAUCAUUUGCAGGCUGGUGUAUCCAAGUUGAAUGAAGCUAAAGCUUUAGUGGAUAAGUUGAAAUCAGAAGCUGGAGAACAAAGUCAGCUACUUGCUGAGAAACAGGCUGAAGCUGACAAAGCUCUGCAACAGAUCACAACCAGCAUGACUAAUACCACUGACCAAAAAACUGAAAUGGAAGGCUUAAAAGCUCGAAUGGAAGAAGAAAAUAAAAAAAUUGCAAGACGUAAAAUUGACAUCGAUAAAGAAUUGGAAGAAAUUGAACCACUUAUUAAAGAAGCCAAGGCAGCAGUUGGUAACAUUAAAGCUGAGUCACUGUCCGAGAUACGUUCACUCAGAGCUCCACCAGAUGUCAUUAGAGAUAUCUUGGAAGGAGUGCUACGACUCAUGGGGAUCCUUGACACAUCUUGGGUCAGUAUGAAAAGCUUUCUCUCAAAACGAGGUGUGAAAGAAGACAUUUUGGCAUUUGAUGCCCGACGAAUUAAUCCAGAUAUGAGAGAUGGAGUGGAAAGUUUGUUGAAAAGAAAUGGAGAGUCUUUUGACCCCAAGUUUGACUUAAGUUAUUUACAACUUACAACACUCAUCAUGGAUAAGUUGUUUCAAAACCUGGCAACUGCUGAGCAUCGAAUCACAAGGCUAAGUACUGCUUUAGUGGAUGUGGAACAGGAAGUUUCUCAUCUGAGAGAUCGACUCAACAAAUUUACAAAAGAAGCUGCGGAAAUUGAAAUUAACUUGCGUAAAGCAAAUGAAACUAUUGAGGCAGCUGAGUCUCUUGUUCAACAACUAGAGGGAGAAUACAAGAGGUGGACUGAACAGUUAGGUCAGAUUGAUCAAGAAUUGGAAGAAUUGCCUCUUCGAUCGUUGUUAGCUGCUGCGUUUAUCACGUAUUUGUCAGAGGCUCCAGAAGAUAUCCGAGCAGCUACUCUAAGUCAGUGGUGUGAGUUUUUAGGCUUAGUCAAUUUUGAUCUCUGUCGCUUCCUGAGCAGUGAGCAAGAGCAAUUGACUUGGAAGAGUGAAGGAUUACCCUCAGACCCCUUAUCAAUUGAAAAUGCUAUUAUCAUCAUGCAGACCACACUGUGUCCUUUUCUGAUUGACCCAUCUUUGCGAGCUGUUGAUUGGCUAAAAAGUCACUUGAAAGAAUCUCAAUUUGAGGAAGUUAACCAACAGGAUCACAACUUUGUGACCAGUCUGGAACUUUCUGUGAGAUUUGGAAAAACUUUACUCGUUCGAGAUGUAGAUACACUUGAACCUAUACUAUUCCCAGUGUUGAGAGGAGAUCUCACGAGUCAAGGACCACGUUAUGUCAUUCAGAUUGGGGAAAAGUUAAUAGACUAUAAUGAAAAUUUUCGGCUUUUCUUGACAACUCAGAACUCAUUGAUUGAGCUUCCUCCUCAUGCUUCAUCAAUUUUAACUACUGUUAACUUCACCACUACUAGGGCUGGUUUGACUGGACAGCUCUUGGCAGCUGUUCUGCAACAUGAGAAACCUCAGCUAGAGGAAAGAAGGAGUGAAGUACUUAAGCAAGAGGAAGAACAGAAGCUUCAGCUCACCCAAUUAGAGGAGUCACUUCUGGAGCAACUUGCCUCAGCUCAAGGAAACAUCCUAGAAAAUAAAGAACUAAUAGCCUCAUUAAACGAAACAAAAUCUAGCAGUUCCCGCAUUACAGCUGCACUAAAAGAGUCACAUCAGCUACAAGCUUCAUUAGAUGAGGAACGAAAAGGGUAUCUACCUCUUGCUCAGUUUGGAAGCAAUCUGUACUUUCUGAUCUUGGAACUUACUAAAUUGAACACAAUGUAUCGCUUCAGCUUAUCAUCAUUCCUCAACUUGUUUAAUCGAGCUCUGCAGACUAAGGCUGAGUGGGAGGCUUUUGUAGGCAUGCUGGUAACAGAUAUUAAACUGGAAAAGUCUGAAAUGCAAGCUGCACUACCUAAGUGGGUUCCCGAAGAAAGAGCUCUGGCAAUAACAUUACUGAAAAUCACUUUUCCACACUUAGUAUCAGCUCUUCAGCUGGAUGAUGCUGCCAUGUGGCGAGAGUUCUCUGCAAGCAGUCAGUGUGAGCAGGACAUUCCUCCAACUGUGGUUCGCCAGCUCUCUUCUUUUCAACAAGUUCUAUUAAUUCAAGCUUUAAGACCAGAUAGACUUCAGAGUGCUUUAACAUUGUUUGGUACUCGGGUACUUGGUUUGAAAGAGCUGUCACCAGCAGCAGUUAACUUGAGGAGGAUAUAUGAAAAUGAAACUCAAGCAACAGAGCCAAUCCUCAUCAUUAUUUCUCCAGGAGCAGACCCUUCCCAAGAGCUACAAGAAGUUAGUAGCCAAGUUGUUGGAGCAGAAAACUACUUUCAG